AUGGACAAAUGGGAAUCGUAUUUUAACACAUUACUUACCGAGAACAGAACAUAUUUUGAGACAGGUAAAGAAACACAAGAAAGGAUAACAGUAGCCGCAUCUUCCCUCAGAAUAACAACUAAAGAAGUAAGGGAGACAUGUAAAAAUUUAGAAAAUGGUAAAUCCGCAGGCCCGGGAGAUAUACCAGGAGAACUAAUAAAAUAUGGAACGGAAAAUAUGUACCGACAUAUAACAAAACUCUUCCAGAUGUGCAUAGAUGGCGCAGAAGUACCAAAAGAUUUUAAAACCUCAUAUAUCACGACGAUUUUUAAAAAAGGAAAUCGAGAAGACUGUGCAAACUAUAGAGGCUUGGCAGUGACAAGUACAUUAAGUAGAAUAUAUGGAAAGAUACUAAAGAAUAAAAUAGAAAAUGAAUAUAAAGAGAUAGAAAUAGAAGAACAGGCGGGUUUUAGAGCGGGAAGGUCUACUAUGGAUCAUCUCUUUACCAUAACACAGGUCUUAGAGAAAAAACGGCAAAAGAUCAAGAGGUACACUUACUAUAUAUAG